AUGGCGGACAAGUAUGAACUGCUCCCUGCUGAUGCACCCGCCGGACACAUCGCGCAUAAGCGAGUGAGGUUUGAUGCGAAAGACGGGAAUCGUGCGAUGUUCCGCUUCAAAGGACAGCAUUUUCAGACCUGCACUACAAAAGCAGGCACGCGCCACGCUGCCGAGGUUAUAGCCCGUGCAUGUUGGAUGCGCUUCGAGGAUGGGGAGGACAAGGACGCUGUCACCGCGUUCCGCAAUCGAUGCUACGAAGUGGUGAGUUCGCAUGACGCUGAGUCGGCCAAGCGGCCACGAACCUCCAGGCCGAAUGAUAACAAGGAAGUCAUGCAGCUCGACAUGAUGAGGUAUAGACUUGGCUUGCCUGCCACGCUCACCGAACUGCCAAAGCUCAGCGACCGGGAGCAAGAGCAAAGGCUCGAAGCCGCCGCUUCACACGUGAAGUUUCCAAGUCAGCAGACUGCCGAUUCGAUUCCCGAGAAAGUUUCGAAUGUGGACAAAGCAUCCUCUCCCGAGACGGCGAAUUCGGCAGCAGAGAACGUGGCAAAUCGUAAAGUCGAAGACGAGGCGUCAACGACGACGGCAGAAGCCAGUGAUGCGACGCCCACCAAGGUCAAAGCUUCUUCCAAAGUAGAAAGGCAAGCCUCCUCUUCUGAGAAGACGAAGGCAGCAGAUGCCGCGGCCAAGCCGAACAUCAAAGAAGAGGUCAAAGCUGCCUCUAUGGCGUCAGACUCCACUUCUGAGAAGACGAAGGCAGCAGAUGCCACGGCCAAGCCGAACAUCGAAGAAGAGGAUGAGGCGCCCAGCCAAACGAAAAGUACCGGCAGCACAGAAGCCAAGAAGCCUUCCAAAACUGUCGAGACGGUCAAAGCUGCCUCUAUAGCGUCAGACUCCACUUCUGAGAAGACGAAGGCGGCAGAUGCCACGGCCAAGCCGAACAUCGAAGAAGAGGAUGUGGCGUCCAGCCAAACGAAAAGUACCGGCAGCACAGAAGCCAAGGAGACAGCGACAGAGAAGGCAGAAAGCGACGUGAAGCCUUCCAAAACUGUCGAGACGGUCAAAGCUUCUUCUAAGCCAGCCUCUUCUGAGACGACGACGAAGGCAGCAGAUGCCGCGGCGAAGCCAAAAGACAAAGAAGAGGCGUCGAAGCCUUCUCAGGUCAAAGCUUCCUCUAAGCCAGCUUCAUCAGCCUCCUCUUCUGAGAAGACGAAGGCAGCAGAUGACACGGCCAAGCCGAACAUCGAAGAAGAGGAGGCAGCAUCCAGCCAAACAAAGAGCUCCGGCAGCUCCGCAAAAAGGGAUAAAGCAACACAGAAGGCAGAAAGUAACGGAAAGCGCUCCAAGGCUGUCCCAUCUGUCAAAGCGGCCGCCAAGACCCGCCCAGCAAAAGAAGCGAAGCCGAAAGAUGCUACGGCAAAGCAGAAGGUGGAAAAACAGAUGCUGCAGUCUUCUCAGGAAGCGGCGGCUGCAUCCGCCAAGGGUGGCUCAAGGAGGGUGGAGUGCGAAGCCUCCACCGCAGCCUGCGGGCCGCAGACCUUCGCCUACAGCGGGAGCUUCGAGGCAGAUGUCCAGAAGAUCUUGGCUGGCGCAGUCCUCGAGGACAGCUCCUCCAAGGUUUCGACGAUCUCUGAGGACGACACACCUGCCCAAGCUGCACGAGACACGGCUAAGAAGCGGAAGGCUGCUGAGAAGAAGGCCCAGGCGACGGAGGAACAUCUGGAGUCAUUAAUCGAGAGGAAGAUCAACCUUAUUGCUGUGGCA